AUGAAAGUUGUUCACCCGAAGAAGGAUAAGAAUGAGGAGGAAAUGAAAAUGAGGAUAAAUAUGAGGGAACUGGAGGAAGUAACCCCGACCACAGUUUUAGGCCAGGUAUACAACGCAGGUUCCUCGUCCACAGUUCAACUAGAGACCUCUAUCGAAGCAGGGGCUCCGUCGCCCCUCAUCACGCAGACUGUCUAUGGCUUCCUAGAUUUCACCACAACUAUUGGAAAUACUCUAAUGAUUUUCUCGCCGCAGAGUCAGGCAGCUGCUGUACCAGAAGUGAAACCAAGUGCCUCCGUGGACCAGUCACCGGCUCCACAACCUCCUCCCUCGACGAGCACCCUCGUCGACACUCGGCCUCCCUCGGACUCGCCCAAAACCUCGGACAUUAAACCGAGCAAGACUGUGACGUCAUCACAGAAGCCAUCCUCGUCGGCCAAUGAGAAGAAGGUCCUGGAUGAGAAGAAGGAGAAGACGACGAUCUCUAAGAAGGGUAGCUCUGUGGUUAAUGUGAAGACUCAGUCUGCUUCUACUCCUAAGAUAUUGUCGUCUGUGGUGGAAGUGGUUGGUGGACCUGUUACCAAUACACCCAAGGUUGCAGCCGAAAUCCUAACCACAGCCAAAACUCAGCCCUCAAUAGUAGUUUUCAGUAAAGUGGAGGAAUCUCCAGCUCCAGUUGUUUUCUCCAGUCAAGUCAACAUCGUGUCCAGUGGUAAAGUGGAGGAGGCUCCUAAUGAUGCACCCAAGGCGUCACCCAAGGCAUCACCCAAGGUCGCCUCCCCUGUGAAGCCACCCCAGGUUGCAUCAAGUAAGGUGCAGGUCCUGACUUCCAGCAAGGAGGAACCUGCCAUCUCUGGGAAUAACCUGGAUGCCGAGGCUGAAUAUGAUUUCCUGUCAAGGCAGCCUUCGGAAGUCGUUGAUGAGACCUAUAAGGUUAUCGACCUCCGUACCCCCAACUCCAAAUCGGCCAAACACAACCGACCCCCCUCAAGCGCCCGGUUAAGCAACGCGGACAGUGUACACCCAACUGGAUUGGUGACCAGUAUGGGCGGAACCAUAGUGAAAGACGGAGUGACCACCGUCCACGAGACCAGUGUGUUGGGAACCUACAUCAAUGGCAAAUAUGCGCAGAUCCUGCACAGCACUUCGCACAUUUAUGGGAAUCAUCAUCACCCAAACAAGAAAGUGAAGCCUACUUCUGCGUCACAGCACAGGAUUUUGAAGACGGCUGCUCCUCAACAAAAUAGAGCUAAUACUAGACUGGAACCAACCCCAGCCUCAACCCUCCAGGAAGAAUCAGCCCUCCCCCUGGAAGCCCUGUUCAACUCACCCCCCAGCGGCAACCUGAUCCGUCAAUCGAGGCGUCCUGCCGUUGGAAACAGUCCACCCUUCAAGAACCAGCAGAACCGGUUAAGGGGCGCUAAAGCCGGCAACCAACCAGCUGUCGACCUGGCAGACAACGAGGAUGACGUUGCUCCAUAUAACUUACUACUUUUGAGUUAUUGUCACCCCUGCCUUUCUCCCUACAGGUUGACCGGUCAGAGCCGCUUUUCUCGGCCCUCGAAAGGAGGUGCAGCAGCUCCCCCCCAUGCCCCCAACAGUGACGAUCAACUGGCCACCGUUUCUGUCUACAGUGAGUCUCCAGCCUCAUCUUCAAGGAGGUAUCAGUCUUCCAGCUCCUCCAGCUCCAGUCAGAACACCCCUUCCAGCCAGGGUCAGUCCAGGAGAGGAGGGUUCAGGCCUGGUGACAAGGGAGGUGAUAGGGAGGUUGCAAGGGAGAGGGAUAGCGGGAGAGAGAGCGGUGGUAGGAGGAAUUUUAAGCCUUCUAAGGCCUCAUCAAAUUCCAACAAUGACCACCAAUCAACUUCUCUCUACAAGUUCAAACUUUCGCGCCCCUCCGGCAGAUGGCAGUACAAGACCACGCCCAAACCUCGCAUACAAAUCCGCAGACAGGACAACGACCUUGAAAACAACCACAACGCAGCCCAACAACAGCUGACAACAACAGCUGAUCAGUCAACCUCCAGUGACCUUGAAGGCUCCAACAGCGAGGUGGGAUCAGCUGUUGAUCAGCUGUUGGAUCAGGCGGUCAAUUCAGGCGGACAGGCGGCAGAGCCGACCGUCACAGCUGAGACGAUCAAGGUGGAGAUUUCGACGCCAGCUGAUUUCAAGGACACAUACUAUGAGAUACAGACUAUCAAGUCGCCCUACACUUUCCAGGUUGGCACCAUAAAAAACACCCGUUUCAUCACAGUCACCUCCACCGUCGAGAAAAGCCUAGUGGAACCCACAGAGGCACCCCAAUUGCGCCCCUCAGAACCCCUUACCGAGAACAUUCUCGCCACAGCCACCCAGAACGUCUAUGACAACAAGGAACCCCCUCUAGAUUCCAGUGUGGCCACCCUUCCACCCAUUGCACUGGCUGGCGACGCUGAAACUCCACCCCUAGAGACCAUGACUGAGUCUUUCAGUACUACACAGCUCAUGUUGAAGACUCAUCUGUUACCUGUGGUGAGAGCUGGAAAUACGUCAACAUAUACAUUGGUGCAAUCAUACCAUGUGACCAGGUUGGUAACAGCUGUGAAGACUCUACCUCCGAUGGAAGUCUACCAGUUUGUCCCAAGUAAAACACUGAACGAGUUUAACACGAGGUUGGACGAGGCUGGAUCAGAGUUGCAUCUAGAACUAGAGUUUGGGGAUAACAAUAACAAUGAUGAUCUACCUUCCGCUAAGGCUUUCCCUCCAGAUUUAGACCUUGCCAACGUGGGAUCAGAAUUUGAUCUGUCGGAAAUGGACAAAACUAAGUUCCCCGAUAUGCAUCUGAGACUGAAAAAGGCACAUCAAAACGCGCCAGCUCAGCAAAACCAGAUCCAACCGGUUUCCACAACACAGGAACUGGCUACACCUUCCCUCUCCCCUGAACAACUGCAACAGCUGGCGUUGUACCGAUUCUUAAAUCCUAAUGCGCCCCUACCGCCGCAACUACUAACUACUUCAAGACCUGUGCUAAAAGUAGAAACGAUCUACGAGAGCCAUGUGAUCCCGCUCUUCAACGGACAAAGUACUCUGUUUAGCACUAUUUCCCGGCCAAUUGCAACCGUCAGCAAAACUGAGUACGAGGUUGUGACGAAUUCCCUUGCGUUACCCCCUGUUCAACCCCCUGUAAAUACUAUCAACCCCUUCCUGCAGCAACCCCAGCCUCAGUUUGCUGUCACUUCAACCCCUAUAGUGACACAAACCAUGGUAACGGCCACAGAUAGUAAAGUUUUGAAACUUACUUUUGGCGCGAAAACGGCCUAUACCACUCUGUAUAGUACAAGGGUUGUCCCAACAGUGCUGACAACUUAUUUGACAGCUAACGUUCCAGUGCAGCCAACUGUAGCGGCGUUCCCCGGGUAUUUCCCUGCGCCGUUUAAUCCCUAUCUGGGUUAGAAUUGAGGGAAAGUUUUAGGGAAAUUGUUUCAAAAAAUGAAGACUUUGAAACUCAAUACAAGUAGAGUGGUGAGAAUUUCAGACAUUUUAAGAGUGAAAUCUGUCAAAAGAGAUAGAUAACCCAUGAGAAAAAUUGUAUGGAGAUUUUUGUUUCAAAUAAUGAAAAAUUGAGGUUCUCUCCAUAACCCUCUAAAACUCCCAUCUGAGAGUGUUCAGAAAUUUGAACAGUAAAAGUGUAAAAUCUACCAAAAGAGAUUAUUUUCCAAGAAAACAGUAGUGUCUUGUUAUUCUUCUAGGUAAGUGAAGGUUGCUAGGAAGACACCAAGGUACUUAGAAUACAUUGUUCCUAUUCUAGGUACAUUGGAAGACACUAUGUUUACUAUAAUAUACUUUUCCUCAUAUUUUAAUGAGUAAUUUGAAUAUUAUAAGAAAUAUAAUCCAAACAGUAUUAGAUACAGCAUAGAUAAUAUAACAUCCUUUUUAUUCCAUCAUGAACUAUGAUUCUCUUGAAUUCUCCUGUUUAUCUCUCGAGAGAUAGAAUGAAGUCGGGAGUAUGUGCAAUUAUAUAUUGAGAUAAUAAUUAUUACUCUUAUUCUCUUAUCAAAACAUUUUAAUUAUCGAGAAAUGUAUAAAUUCCUCUACGUUGGAUUGAUUCCAUUAUCAGUGGGCUAUAUUCAUAAAUAUAUGCCUAGAACUGCUUCAAGGUAAACGUUCAGUAUACAAAUUAAAUGUAGAUUGAUGGAGAAAUAUUGAAGAAUUCUUCAGAGAUUGAUAAAAUACAAAGAUGAUUUCUUUUCUAGAAUGUGCAAAGACAAUAUUAUUCUAUUCUCAAAUUGAAAGAUUAUUGUAUGCUCAAUAUUGUUAUUUUCAUGUAAACUAUAUCAUUCUCUUUUUGAUUUGAAUCAUUGAUAAAUAUAGGCGAGUACUUUACUGUUACCAUUGUAUGUAGAUAUAGGAAUUGAAAUAGUGAUAAGUUGAGCUCUGUUUAGAAACUUGAAUCUGAAACAGUUUUGGAAAAAUUGGGGAGAAUUUUAUGUUUAUAAGCAAACACAUAUUGAAUUUUUCUAUUAUUAGAUUCAAAAAUCAGUGGAAACACUUUAAAGAACUGUUGAUCACUCCAAAGAUGAGCUUUGUUAAGGAACUUAAAUCUGAAAACAGUUUUGGAAUAUUUCAAGAAUUUUAUGUUUAUGAGCAAACACAUAUUAAAAUUUACAAUUAUGAGGUCAAAAAUCAGUAAAAACACUUGAAACAACUGUUGAUCACUUCAAAACCUUCAAAGAAAUGGAUUUAACUCGAAAAUUGAUGUAUUAAAACAUAAGUAAGGAUGAUUUAUCCCUCAUUUCUCAAAGUUUUUAUAAUUCAAGUUUCAACUUAUCACAUAUUGGAAGGAAAGAAAUCAAACAUUUUUAUAAUGGGGUAGGACGUAGAUAUAGCUGUUAAUAAUGUAAAUAGUAGUUAAUUCUCUGAAAUCCGAGUGUUAGGAUAAUUUGUAUGCUUUGAGGUCGAAUGGUAUUUGUAUGUUUAUAUUUUUGUAUGUAUGUUAUUAUCUAUCAGUCUGAAUAUAUAAGGUGCUUUGAAUGUGUCUAUGAGUCUCAUCAACAUGAUUUUAUUGAAAGUUUGAGGAUGUUGAUGGAAAUUAUAAGAGAAAGUAAUGGAAGAAAUUAAUUGGAGAGAGGAGUAAAUUUAGUGAAGCUACUAAAUCCAAAUAUUGUAGUAGAGAAAUAAAGUACGUUUAUACUGUUAAUGAUUUUCUUCUAUGAAGUAAGACAGUACCCAUUUUUCAAUUCAUAAUAAUUCAUUGUUUAUUGUGUAUGAAACAUUAAUUAACACUUUUCAAUCAUUAUUAUAUUCUCAAACAUCAUUCUCAUCCAUUGCUUUGAGAAUCAGUAGAACAAAACAUAAUAGAAUCAUACUCAAAUGAAUAUAAAAUCAUGUUAUGAGACACUUCUUACAAAAAUAAAAUACUAGAUUUUUAAGUUGUAUUAUAAGUUAAUGUACUGAUUGAAUAGAUUUUUGUAACAAAACUCAUAAAAACACAAAAAUAUCUUCAUUUUAUGGAUUGAUAAGAAUUAUUUAUUUGGAAAAAACACAAAUUAUGUAAGCUCAAUUUAAUGUAAGCUGAAUGUAUCACUUUAUCAUCUUCAUCGACAUUCACUGCAUUUCUUCAAAAAAUUGAAAUUCAUCUCGGAAAUUUAUUUUCCAUACAGAUCACAAACAUCAUUUCAUCUAUAUUUCAGAAACACCACUUAUAACAUCACAUUGCAGUGGUAGAGAGGAUUGAAAAGUCCUAGCUCCGCCAAACAAAGAAUAUUUGUAUUUUCAUUGCAUCAAUAUUAUGUAUAAAUACGCGUAUCAUCCAUAAUGUAUAUAGUAGAGUAGUUCAAAACAGCGCGUAUUUAUAUUAUUAUUAGUGAAGACAUGUUGUAUUUAUAUAAUUCAUGGUUACUUGAAUCGAUUUAUUCAAUCCAUGAAAUCGUAUCAGUAGAAUACUAAGUUCCAGUUGCACAAAAGCCGGUUAAACUUUAACCGUGAUUAAUAUCACGAGAACCGUUCAGAGAAGCCUUAUAUUCUUAAAGGACUUCUCUGAUUGGUUCUCGUGGAAUUAAUCACGGUUAAAAUUUAACCGGCUGUUGUGCAACCUGGGCCCGGUUGAAUUUUAACCGUGAUUAAUAUCACGAGAACCAAUCAGAGAAGCCUUCUAUUCCAAAAGGAAUUUUCUAAUUGGUUCUCGUAGAAUUAAUCACGGUUAAAAUUUAACCGGCUGUUGUGCAAGCGGGCCCAAUUGAUUCAAAUUAAUGUAUUCCAAUUCCUGGAUUUCAUAGUGUAUACAAUUCAUGAAUAUAUUAUAAAUUGAAUGAUCCAUUAACAUUUGAAUUCAUGGAAACCCUUUUGAAUUUUCUAAGGAUAUCAGUUAUGUUAUCCAACAUCUUUCAAAAUAUUCAUUAUUUUUAAGAAUCUUCAUUACAUUUUUGUACAGUUCAUCUAUCAACCUAGUGUAAUAUUAAUAUAAGAUUAUUAUUGUUUUGUAUUGUAAAUUAUGUCAAUCUUAUACCAAUUGUAAUGUAUUUGAAAACAAUAAAGAUUUAAACAUAAA